AUGCGGCUGCUGUGGGCCCUCUGUCUAGGCAAUGCCCUUGCCUCUACCAUCCCAUCCAAGUUACAUCAACUCCGGCUUCCCUUUGUUCCUUCUCCCGACAACCUCGAAAAUGGCGUCAGAUCAUCACUAUCUAUCAACUGGUCUAUCAAAAAUGGGGCUCUUUACGCCAACCAGGAUAAAAUCUAUCCGCCAUCGUUAACGAUGCAGCUCCGUGCGCCUCUCCUCGAAGGCGUCGACCAAACUAAUCCCAGUGACAAGACCGUCGAAGUUUCAUACACGCUCGACAGUCGCCCGCUAUUCACAGACCGCGUCGGCUCUGUCGCCGGCAUGGUCCGUGUGCGAGUCGAAUUAUUCGAUCUACAUGGCAACUUGAUAUCUCCAAAUGCCGUGGCUGUCGAUCUGCUCGCUUACCAGAAUGGAGACUUCCACAUUACCCGGGUGCGCAUCGAGCCAGCCCGCGGCGGCGAUGAAGAGGAUCGCUUUACUCAGAACAGUCGGCCGUGGGUAGUGAAGUACUGGAGGACCCAGUUCGGUUCCAUUUUCGAGAAGACGCAGACUGCAGUCUCAACCGACGAUUCCAGGCAAAUUGCCGAAUCCUCCGCUGAAAAUGAUACCCCAAAGGCAACCGGCAGCCAGUUCACGACUGUGUCGGAAACCAAGUCUCCAUUCUCGAUCUCUGCUUUUGGGGCUGCUCCCGCUGCGGCUUAUCCUCACCACCGCUCUGGCCACCAUGGGCCUCACCACGGUCAUCGUCCCAAGCACUCUUUCAUGGCUAUUUUCAGUCCUGCUGUGCUACCUGCGGUGCUAGGUGCAACAGCUGGACUGGUGGCUUGUUUGGUUGGCUUUUUCAUUGGACAUCUGCUGAUGUCCCUUGCGGUGCGCCUGGGCUGGCAGAAGGAGCCGAAUUGCAAAUCACAAAACAUGUCCGUGGAAGAAGGGACACCUUCUGAGAAAUCUCCUAUGGUGUCAUUGAUCUACGCGACAGAUGAAUCGGAGUCGAAUGUAUGA